AUGUCAUAUAAUAAUAAUAAGAAUAUGAAUGAUGGUAAUCCGUUUUAUACGGAGGAACUUCCUAUAACGACACAUGAUAAUAAUAUACAUCAACCGAUGAAUCAGCCACAGCAGCAACAUCAGCCACAGAACAUGUAUACCAGUCAACCACAAGCUAUAUUCACAAAUACCAAUGUAAACUUUGAUGACUUCUCUAGCGCACCUCCACAACAAUCAACAACCUAUCAACCAGAUCUUCAAUUCCAGAGCUUCGAUCAUUCAUCGAUAGAUAUCAAUCCAUCGACAUCAUCAUCAUCAUCAACUUCAAACAAGGAUAGGAUUGGAGGUGGAGGUGUACCUCAAGGCGACUUCUCACACGAGCCUUUGAACAACGAGGCGACAGGUGAAGAGAAGAAAUAUGGAUUCUAUCAGCCACAAUACUACAGAUUCCUGUUCAAUGUCGAUACUGUCGAGGUCGGUCAUCGUAUCCUACGCUCGAUGCUCCCAAUCAAGUUCUCCUUUUUUGAGAUGGUACGUGAGAACCCUGACAUGUACGGACCAUGGUGGAUCACAAUCACCCUUGUACUCUUUAUCGCUGUGACUGCCAACCUCAAUGAAUACUUCCACACCAAUCACAAGACAUGGGAAGUCGACUUCCAUAGAUUGGUUUACAGUGCUAUCUCCAUCAUUGGAUAUGCACUCAUUAUUCCAUUGAUACUCUGGGGAGUGUUCAAGUGGAUGAAGCUGGGCGUUCGUCUGUUGGAGAUGAUGUGUAUCUAUGGCUACUCACUGUUCAUUUUCAUUCCAGCAUCGAUCCUCUGCAUCAUUCCAAUUGGCAUUGUGCAAUGGAUUGUCAUUGGAGUGAGCGCCGUCGUCUCUGGCGCAUUCCUCGUGACCAACAUCUUCACACCGCUCAAGGGCGAUGCCACCAAGCGAGCACUAAUCAUCUGUGCCGUGGUCGCUGCCUUGCACCUUGGUCUUGCCCUGCUGCUCAAACUGUACUUCUUUGCCAACAACACCUCUGGCAAGUUUGUCGACGACUCAUCUCACUCAUCCUCGUCGCACGCCUCCACAUCCACCACCGGCUCGACCACCGGAACAACCUCCGACACAUCAACUACCACCAAC